GCCUUACAGAGUUGUUGUUUUAUCCUUCAAGUGGUUUCUUUGUUCCACACAUGGCAUCAUAACAAGCAUAUAUAUUUGAGAGUUGAGGCAAAUUUGAUGUAAAAUGCACCCACAGUUCUACUGUAUGUAGACUAAACACCAAGCCACAUGUCUGACCUCCGGCGUAUAAGGUCAUGGCUGGAAAAUAUUGAUAUUGAUUGAUAAAGACCUGCUCACAAUUUCCGUGUUUACAAAUGAGCUAUAAAUACUGCACUGCUAAUCCAAUCAAUGUAGGAGCCACUGACUGUAUUCACAUUAAUGCAUACUGUAGAUAUAAAUGAUAGCAGACUUUUCUUUCAUUAGCUUAAUAGCUUCUUAUAAAUCCUCCACCGUAUAUUCAAUAUUAAAUGAAGACACUGAAGGCUGGCAGCCUUUUUUUUUUUUUCUUCCUCUAAUGUAUUAAUAGAACACAGUCAUGAUAUCUCCCCCUCCUCCCUCCCUCGCCCCCAUCCUGCCCUAGUUUCCAUUCCCAGCUAUGCAGCGCACCCUUUAACACUCAGACAGCAACCAAAACAACCCUCCACAGUCUCAGGAACAGGAGGUUCGAAGGCACAUUCUGGGGGAAAAGAAAUGCACGGCAACAACAUAAUCUGUAUCUAUCAUUCAAGGGGGAUGUUUAAUUUAAAGUGGACCCACUGCAUGGAAUACUAAUUAGCUGAGCUGAGGGGUAUUAGUCACAGUCCUGCAGAUAUGGUCUUCCUUGUUCUGAGAAAUCUGUUUGAUGUCUGCAGCUGGGUGUUUAAUAUCCGUGUAUUUCAAAUUCACGUCAAUCGGGAGAAAUAGGCUGCAUGAAUUAAGGAGCGUGCAUUUCAUUGGAAACAUUAGGUCGAUUAUUAUACUAGAAGAUAAGAUUAAAAUGGAUGAAGAAUACAGUAAUGAUGAUGAUGUGUGGAACGCGUCGGCUGUGAUUCUGGACAUUGACUCAGGAUCAUGGGCGGACCGCUCACCCCUCCACGACGCUGCGAGUCACGGCCGCCUCCUCGCUCUGAGGACCCUCAUUUUACAGGGUCACAGUGUGAAUGUUCUGACCAUAGACCAUGUGACACCCCUUCACGAGGCCUGUGUCGGAGACCAUGUCGCUUGUGCUAGAGCUCUCAUUGAUGCAGGAGCAAAUGUCAACGCCUCUACAAUUGAUGGAGUCACCCCUCUGUUCAACGCCUGUACAGUGGGAAGUGUGGCAUGCACUGAAAUCCUGCUGGAAAAUGGAGCAAAACCCCAGCGGCUUGUUUACGAUCCCUCACCCAUCCAUGAAGCUACAAGCAAAGGUCAUUACGGUUGUGUGGAGGCUCUGGUGACUUGGGGGGCAGAUGUGGACAUGGACAUUCCUCACCUGGGCACAGCGCUCUAUACAGCCUGCGUCUGCCAAGAGCUGGAGUGUGCCAGGAAGCUCCUGAGGGAAGGUGCAAACGUCCAGAAGGGCAGGUCCCUGGAUUCACCUUUACACGCAGCUGCAGAACAGGACAGCACAGCCGUAGUGAAGCUGCUGCUGGACUUUGGUGCAGACAUUAAUGCCAGGAACACAGAGUUUCAGAGGCCGGUGGAUGUGGCUCCACCCAGCAGUUUAACAGAGGGCUUCCUGCUGCUCUACGAAGCUACGCCGCGGCUGCUGAGCCAGAUGUGUCGUCAGUGCAUCAGGAGCUGCGUCGGCCGCGACAGACUCCACCUCCUCUCCCACCUUCCUCUGCCCAACCGGCUCAGGAACUACCUGCAGUAUCAAUGACAGGAAGGCGAGACACAGAGAGCACUUCAGAACUCCAUGAACUCUUCCCACCUUUUUAAUUUUAAUUACUCAUUAAUGCAGUGGUAGGAAUAAUUAAUUGAGUUUAAUCACAGAGUGGACAGUACAGAGGUGUGUUGAGCUGGCCUGCAGGGGGUUUGUAAAGAUUUAGCCUUUUCUGGAUAAACAACAGUCUAUAAACAUAAUAUAUAAAUGAUUACUUUCACUUCCGGUGUGCUGUCUUUAGAAGAUUCCUUCAUUUAAAUUUACUCCCAGAGAGUGAUGCACAAUGUUAUAAAUGCACAAUAUAUGUGAGUGAGUAUUCACAUUUGUUAUUUAAUGCAGUGCUGAAAACUAGAUGAUUAAACUAUUUAGAAACCCGGUGCA